UAAGUUAAUGCAAUGUCUGUUUAUGACAGAGACUUGACACUUUGUUGGGAGAGAUGCGAAAAGAUCCUGUUGCUGAAUUUCAAGUGCGGAUUGCAUGCUGGCGCAUAUUAUAAACGUUUAUUCUUCUGAAGAAAAUUCAAGAUAUUUUCAGACAUCGGAAGAGUUGAACAGAGGCAUGAAUAUGAAUACGAAUCCAAAUGCACCACAUUGGAGAAAACUGUAUUUGAGCCGGGCCAAGUUGAAAGCUUCUAGUAACACUUCAGCUUUGCUGUCAGGAUUUGCAAUGGUGGCCCUUGUAGAGAUAGGGAUUGAAAGCGAUGUUCCCCAAGGACUUGUUGUUGCGUUUAGUGUGUGCACCACCUUGCUGGUUUCUGUCCAUUUGCUAGCGUUGAUGGCUAGCACCUGCAUUUUACCGCACAUCGAAGCCGUCAGCAACGUCCACAACGUCAACUCUGUGAAGGAGUCCCCGCACGAAAAAAUGCAAUCCUUCAUACAAAUGUCGUGGGCGUUUUCGACGGGAUUAGGGAUUAUGUUAUUCUUAGCGGAACUGGUGUUGAUAUGCUGGGUGAAGUUUAACACUAAGGCGGUGGGGUACAAUGUGGCAGCAGCCUGGGCAUCCACAGGCAUCGUCAUUCCAGUAGGAAUCGUCUUCUUGGUUUUUGCCUUUCAUUUUUAUAAGAAACUCAUCGCGCACAAGUUCGACAAUCACGAGAGAAAUUUAGCAGCGCUCGACAGAAUGGCCGAGGAGAUAGACAUGAACCAUAGUAUAUUGGAUGUGUAGGUGUUAUUUAUAAUUUUCAAUUUUUAACUUUAAUUCGGUGCUUUAUAGAUAUCCCCUACUUGCCAAUUUAGAGGCAUUCCUUGUGAUACACCCCCUUCUGAGCAUGUUAAAGGUGUUGACAUUGAUGGAUAAUGAAUUGGAGGUAUAUACUGAGCAUACCUAUAAAGAUUACUUUCCUUUAAUCAUAUGGUGAUAGUCAUUUAUUCAUCUGAUGAACACAUCGGAAGUUAGUUUUAAUUCUGUUUAUUCUGUAUUCUUUAAACUCUACAUGUAAUUAUGUCUUAAUUUCGGUUUUUCAAGAAAAUUGUCACUACAUGAUUGUAUAGAUCUGGUACAGUAUUUCUAUGUACAAGAAUUUUCAAUUCACUUCACAAAAGUGAAUUACUAAAAAGUACUAAACUGCAGGCUGGAUAUUAUAUUGUCUUACUUCUUAAUUAGCAAAAAUUCUUAGUACAUCUUCAAAAGAGAAAGAAAUACAUCAUAAAUGCAUUGGCUAGCUGGUUGGAUGUGAUUUUUUAUACCUGUCUAGUAUAUAUUUUUUUUCAAUGAUUGAAACUAUAGAUGUAUACUAUAUAUAUAAUGUGCAAUCAAUUUCAAUAGCCAUGAAGUAUAUGUACUUGCUCAUGAGUGGUAUGCAGUAUUUUUCUCUUUCAUCUUAUUUAACAUGAUGUGUAUAUAAUGUAACAUAUAUAUUUUUUCAUUGUAACUUCUGUAUAAUUGUACAAUGAUGGUUGGUCAGUUAAGAUUCAGGUAGAUAAAUUUUAGAUGCAGAUAUGAGUUUUAAGUGGAUGUGUUGUCGGAGAAAUGAUUGUCUUUCCUCAUUACAUUUCCAUUAAAGCAUAGUUUUUUUUUAUGCAAUAUCCUAUAAUGUUGCAUCAGAUACUGCAGAUUCCUGAUUAAUAAACAUGUUAUCCAUGAAAAAUUGCAAGUAGCAACCCUUGCAGAUUUCAACAUUUUGCUUUUAUUUCUCAGACAGACGAUGCAUAUAAACUAAAUGUAACGUUCAUAUAAAAAAAAUGUCGUUCGCGAAAUUAUAUUUUGGCAAAUUGGUGCAAAAUGGUUAAAAUUCGGAAUGAAAUACUGGCCUAAAAUAAGGAAUCUACAUUAUUGCCAAAAACUGUGCUACUAUAUUUCCAGAAAGCGACAGAUAUUUUGGACCAUUUCAUCAAAAUUAAGGACCCGUUUUUUGGGGCAAUGUUUACAAGCUACAUGUGAAAGAUAUAGGUAUUUUAAACAUUAAUUUAAAUUAUGCAUGUGACUUUCUAUGAUGAAAUGUUUACCAGUUUUCAUUGUUAUAUUUAUCAAGUUGUGUUAUAUUUCAUUAAAUGUAAGGAAGUUUCUCAUUUAAGCAACAUUUUUACAGUUUUACAUUCAUUAUCAAGUAUAUAAUAAUUAAUAACAAAAGAGAAAGCAUUAUGCAUUUCACCCAUGCAGCCCAAUCUUUUUUCAUGCUUUAACUCAUGUCGUUUAACUUUAUAAUUGUUUUAUAAUUAUCGUAAAAUGACCGGAAUAUACAAAGAUGAUGACGUCAUUAUUUCACCACAUUUAUCGACACAAUGUAAAUGUGUUGUAUGCUAUAUACAUGUACAUUUGUAUUAAUUACUCAAUGAAAGAGAUUUGGUGCUAGGUUCCUACUGACGGAAGAAUAUGCAUGUGUAUUUUGUUUUGCAUUUUUUUUUUGUGGAAAUUCAAACUUUUGAAGCAAGGAUAGAAUUAAAUGAAAAGAAUUCGUAAAUUUUGUUUAAUAAAAGUUGUAUGCUGUAAAUUCCAAAUUAAACGCGAGGAAUUGAUAUCUGCGUAAAAUCGCGAUAAUCCUUUCUCGCGAAUUCUAAAAUCUCGCUUUUAAUUUUGGGACACAUGUAAACUACAUGAAAAUAAGAUAAAAUUUCGGCAUUCGCGAUUUUAUGUUCUCACCAUUAGACGGUUAAUCGUUGAAUCGUGGAAUUAAGUACUCGCGUAAAAUAAGGAAUCCACAGUAUCAACAGAUUUUUAUAUACACCCUAAAGAAAAUUAAUUCUAGUAAUUACAUCGGUUUUAAAACUUAAAUUUUAAAAACUUUAAUACAAUUAUAAAUGAGUAUGUUUUGAAUUUCAUUGAGCUACACAGUUUUUAAUUGAUGGUCAGUAUUUUUUCUAUAUUUGUCUAGACUAUAUAGAGUUAUGUACUGGUAUACUGAAUAUAACAACAUUUCAUACUUUAUGCUAAACUUUGAGUGAUUACCAGUUUGUGCACUUUUUCACAAAGAAUAUUUUUGUCCAUCAUUCGAAUUUUAACUGGAAGUUAAUGAUAAUGGUGAUCUCUUAUGUUUUCUAAUCCUCAGCUCAAAUUUCAAGCACACACAAAUUUAUUUUACUGUACAUGCAGUAUCCUGGCAUUACACAAAGUCAAAGAUUUUUGCCUAGCUCUGUCGUAAUGGAAAGUUUAUAUUUUUAUCACAGUGCAGAAUUCUGUGAAUUUUUUUUACGUUUAAACCCACAUUUUCUAAUUAUGCAUUCAUGAGAGUUUUUUGCCCAAGGAACAAAAAGUCAGUCAUGAUUUAUAUUAUUAAUGUAAUGCCUACCAGGUUAUUACACCUUUUCCAACAUGAUAGCCAAACUAUGAUUAAAAUUAAUGACUUCUGGAUUAAGAGUUAUUGAACAUUGUUGAGGAUUUGACAUUGUUUUAAAUAACAAUGUUAUUGAUUAUUACAAUUGUACAGUUGUAUUUCUGGUGAUUUAUCCUCUUGUUUGUAGAAUAGAUACAAUUUUUGUUUAAAUCCGUCGAUAAAAUUGUGUCAGUCUGUCUAACCAUUCUGGGUUUUUUUUUAUUCCAUUAAAGAAAAGUUCUAUAUAUUUUUA